UCUAUAGUCACAAAAUCACUCCAAACCACAAAUCUUUUCCAAGACUCACCCCAUAUAUACUCUGACGAAUUCGAUUGUUCUUCUCUCAACUGCUCACAAAUUUCUCACGUCAUGACUAAAAAAACAAAAAACAAUCCACCACCAAACGCAUGUCCCGAGUACUUCAGAUGGAUUCACGAAGAUUUAAGGCCGUGGAAAAAAACCGGCAUCACAAGAGAAAUGCUCGAAAAGGCUAAAGACUUCGCGCACAUUCGUAUUGUAGUAGUUAACGGCAGAGUCUACACAGAGAGGUACAAAAAAGCUUUUCAGACAAGAGAUUCCAUUACAAUAUGGGGAUUUUUGCAGCUCCUAAGGUUUUACCCGGGAAAACUACCCGACUUGGAUUUCGUGCUCGAGUGUGGCGACAAACCGGUUAUCAAGAAACGGGAUCACGUGGGGCCCGGUGCAUUGGUCCCUCCAUUGUUUCACUAUUGUGGAGAUGAUUUUAGUUAUGACAUUGUGCUUCCCGAU